UGCCUGUAUCGUAUGUAUGGUGCAUAACGGUAAUUUAGAAACGCAAAAAAAUCAUUUCUUUGCAAUCGUUCGUACAACAAUCAUCAGGCUACCGUAGCGUUGUCAAGUGAAAUACUAAAAAUCAGAAUUAGUUGAUUGCUCUCCGAAUCACAACCAAGCGAUUAGUUCAGCGAACAUGAAUUCUCCAGAAAAUCCAUCGAUUUCGAAGAUUUCGGUUGAAACCAAGUGCAUUUGUGAACGUCCACAAACAAAUCUGAUGUGCCUUGAUUGUCAUCGCCGAUUUUUUGGCCGUGUGCAUACAAUGUGUAAACUCCAUCCGUCGUUGAUUUAUCUAUAUGAUCAUCAUGAAUGUCCAUGCGGUGGCCGGUUAAUUGAGAUUAUGGAAAAACGAAGUCUUUCACGAAAGCGGCACCGUUAAUCAUCAUUACCCAAUCGAUGUAUCGUACAUUUUCAAAUAACAACAACAAUAAAUGAACUUUUACCGAGACAUCGAUGGUCAUACACAAAUAUUGUGUACAAAAACAAUAAAAACCCAAAUCCAAAUUCCAUAUAAAAGCAAAGCGUUCACUCAGAGAGUGUAACCACGUACAGUCAUAUGCAUAGCAAUAUAUCUGUUAAACAAAUGUUAAGAGAAUGUGAACGCGUUCACAAAUAUACUUUAACAUGUAAACUGUCAAAACGUAUAAAAUAUAUGAAAUUUAAGUGAAACAUACAUAGCAAUUGGUGUUUGUUUUCAAUAUUUUUUAUUUUGUUUUUUCUUUUGAAUGGUGCAAUUGAAAGAAAAGUGUAGUUUUUUCUGCAUUUCUGGUCCCAUUAAAUUGAAUUAAUUUUGUUUCGUCUUGUAUUGUUGUAUUAAAGCAGUUUUGAAUAAUCGUCAUGGAUCUUAAUGAGUCGGAAUAUGAUAUGCUUGAUCUUUUGGCCUACAAUUGCAAUCAACUCAAUUUACAACUGAGAGAAUCAAAGCAUGUUGAUGAGCAAGAGAAAAUAUUCGAGGCGUAUCUUAAGAAAAUCGAUAGAGAAUUUGAUCCGAUCGACGAAAUAGCUGAAGGUCUUGAUUGGUUCAAUGUAACCGAACCGCUUGUACUGAAACGUGAUCUAAAGGGAAAAAUCGUUGUAUUGGAUUUUUUUACGUAUUGCUGCAUAAAUUGUAUGCACAUUUUACCUGAUUUGAAGAAACUCGAAGAACGUUAUACGAUCGAAGAUGGAUUGGUUGUGAUUGGUGUGCAUAGCGCCAAAUUUGAUAAUGAAAAAGAUUCGGCCAAUAUUUUAUCGGCCAUUCAGCGUUAUAAUAUCACUCAUCCGGUUGUAAAUGAUUCGGUGUCAUCGCUUUGGAUGAAUUUGAAUAUAAAAUGUUGGCCAACAUUAUUGGUGCUGGGUCCACGUGGAAAUCCGAUAUUUGUUUUAAUGGGGGAAGGACAUGGUCAACGACUUGAUAAAUAUAUUAAAUCGGCGCUUAAAUUUUACGAAACAAAAGGCUCAAUAAAAAAACACAGAAUUGCACUUAAUCCAGCUUCGGAAUUGUUAAAAGCAUCAAUGCUCAAAUUUCCUGGUAAAAUAGCGACGCGACAUUUAAGGAAUGCAAAAUGUGAUGAUGAAUCGUCAAGUAGAAAAUUGAUUGGAUCUGAAUUGUAUGCUGUUUCGGAUUCGGGUAAUAAUCGAAUCUUGGUUUUUCAAGCAAAUGGCCAAAUUGCCGAAAUGAUUGGUGGAAAAGAGCCGGGUUUUGCUGACGGCAACUUCAAGGAAGCACGUUUCAAUUCACCGCAAGGCGUUUCAUUUUAUGGUAAUGACAUCAUUUAUGUGGCGGAUACGGAAAAUCAUGCCAUCCGUGAAAUUAAUUUAACAACAAAAACGGUGGAUACAAUUGCCGGUCACGGUAAACAAGGUGUUGACCAAGCUGGAGGUUUGAUUGGUACAUCACAAGAGAUUUCAUCGCCUUGGGAUGUUGUUACCUAUCGUACACGUGACAUGGAUAUGUCAUUUCAUGCCGAUGGCGAAGCGAUACCAGAGCGUGAUAUCAUUUUAAUUGCCAUGGCUGGAACACAUCAAAUUUGGGCUAUAUUCAAAGAUGAAACGAUUUGGUGGAAAUUUAAAAAGUUUUCAGAAGGUUCUGUUGCAGCUAUUGCGGGAAAUGGACACGAAGAAAAUCGAAAUAACUCAUAUCCACAGAAUUCAGCAUUCGCACAACCGUCUGGCCUGGCGCUGGCGCCAAAAACAAAGGAACUAUUCAUUGCCGACAGUGAAAGCUCUUCCAUUCGUAAACUAUCAUUGGCUGAUGGAAAAGUGCUGGCUGUAGCCGGUGGCGAUCGAAAUCCUUUGAAUUUGUUUGCCUUUGGUGACGUCGAUGCAACUGGAAUGAAUGCAAAGUUCCAACAUCCGCUCGGCGUUGCAUAUGAUGGAAAGGAGCAUGUUGUCUAUGUUACAGAUACAUAUAAUCAUAAAAUAAAAUCGAUUGAUUUGACAACAAACAAGGUAUCGACGUGUAAAUUUAAAGAUGCCAAAGGCAAUGUUGUACAAUUUAAGGAGCCAGCCGGUUUGUGUUUGUCACCAUGCGGUAGCCGUCUUUACAUUUGCAAUACAAAUAAUCACUCCAUAGACGUUGUAAAUUUGAAUACCUCAACAUUAGAGCCAUUGAAUUUAUUUAUUGACAAAGUUAAUGCGGCCAAUCAAUUAUCUACUCUAACGACAUCCAAAAUACUCGUUCAUACGUCUGGUGCGAGCAUUUCAUUGGAAUUUUUACUAACGACAAAAUCGGGUGUGAAAUUUACUGACGCUCCACAAAAAUGGCACCUAGACACAUUGAAUGUUCGAUGGGAAUCAAAAUCGACCACUUCCGGCACUGUUCAACUGAAAUCAAAUGACUCCGAUGAGAAAAACAAUAAUAUUGGGGUGGCUACCGUUAAUUUAAUUGCACCAAAAUCAGUCGAAGGAAACGCUGUUGGAAAUGAAUCCGUAAUAAUAAUAUUUAAAAUGAGCUUAUGUGCCGACCAGAAAGGCAUUUGUUUUCCGAAAAAUUUUAAGAUUUCCGUACCGAUCGAGUACAGUGUGGAUGGAACCACGGAAAUUAAUAAAAAGACAAAAGUUACCAUCGAUGAGCAAAACAUUGAAUUGGCAUAAAUUUAUGAAAUAUA